UUCUCUCUCUAUCUAGCUUUUUUUUUCUCUCUCUAGCUCUCAUUUUCGGCCUUUUCUCGACCCCCCUUCUGUUUUUAGCUCCAUUUAAUCCCUCUGGUUCAUCAGAGCUCCAGUGGUUCGGUUAUGGCGCUGAGGAUUCUCUUCAAAAAACCCUGUUUCCCAAUUCCAAGCCACUAUGGAUCGACUGUGCCUCUCCGUCAGUUCAAGACCUUCAGUUUACCAGAACUCCCUUAUGACUAUGGAGCCCUAGAGCCCGCCAUCAAUGGCGAGAUCAUGCAACUUCACCAUCAAAAGCAUCACCAGGCCUAUGUCACGAAUUUUAACAAUGCCCUUGAGCUGCUCGAUCAGGCCUUGGCUAAGGGUGAUGCCUCUUCGACUGUGCAGCUUCAGAGUGCCAUCAAAUUUAAUGGAGGAGGCCAUAUAAACCACUCAAUUUUCUGGAAAAAUCUUGCUCCUGUUAAUGAAGGAGGGGGUGAACCUCCAAAAGGUCCUCUUGGUUUGGCGGUUGAAGAACAUUUUGGCUCUCUUGAAGAAUUGAUAAAGAAAAUGAAUGUUCAGGGUGCUGCUUUACAGGGUUCUGGAUGGGUGUGGCUAGCUCUUGAUAAAGAAACAAAGACACUUUCGGUUGAAACAACAGCAAAUCAGGAUCCACUGGUAACCAAAGGAGCAAGCCUGGUUCCAUUGUUAGGGAUUGAUGUAUGGGAGCAUGCUUACUACUUGCAGUACAAAAAUGUGAGGCCAGACUACCUCAAGAACAUAUGGAAUGUUAUAAAUUGGGAGUAUGCAGGUGAAGUUUUUAAGAAAGGAGGAGCUUGAGGUAAAGCUUAUGUUUUUCACUGCAUCUUUUGAUUUCCUUGUAGAAAAGAGAUGGUCGAUGUGAACAGUGUAUUAAUAAAGCAUUUUGCAUUGGUGCAUCCAUUUUCACUUGGCAGAGUCAUAACAUUUCAGCGCAUGAAGUUUUAAUUUUACUUUGUUUAAGCAUGUUAGUGUAUAUCAAAAAAGAGACUUAGAAUUGCAA